UCAAACUACAGGAGACUGGCAGUACCCCAAGUUUGCUGCGCAUGGUGUUGAAACUUGCUUCAGAAAGGUUCUUCGUCAGGCCAUCAGCUACCUGUUCGUCGAUCAGGGUUUGCUGCCAAGGAAAGGGCACUUGUGUUAUCGCACCAAAUUAUUGGAGUUUUUUCAAUAGGGACAUUGAUUUCCUUCAAUAAGGACUGAAUCCAACUCAAUUCUGUUGCUGCAUGUGCCAAGGCCCUAUAUUUGGCUUCUGUGCUAGAACGGGCAAUAACUCUCUGUUUUCUAGAGGCCCACGACACUAAAGAGCUUCCAAGGAACACAAGAUAAGCAGAAAUGAGGCGUCUAUCAUCCAGAUUACACGCUCAAUCGACAUCAGAAAAGGCUGUAAUUUCUUUGUUGGUUUUGCGUUCAUGGGGUUCGCCAAAGGGCAUGGAGGAGAUUCCUGGGAAUUUGGGGUGGCCUCUUGUGGGGGAAAGUUUCUCUUUUUUAUCUGAUUUUAGUAGCACUGCUGGUAUUUGUAGCUUCAUGAUCAACAGGCAGAAGAGAUUUGGAAAGGUUUUCAAGACUAGCGUGUUGGGGAGACUAACUGUGUUCAUGACGGGGAGCGAUGCCGCGAAGGUUUUACUGACGGGGAAGGACGGCAUGGUGAGCUUGAACCUGUUCUACACCGGGAAGCAGGUCCUCGGCCAGAGCAGCUUGCUUCAGACCAACGGCGAAGCCCACAAGCGGCUGCGUAGGCUGAUCGGAGAACCGCUCUCGAUCGACGGGUUGAGGAAAUACUUUCAGUUCAUCAACAAUUUGGCCAUUGAAACUCUAGAUGAAUGGUCAGGGAGAAGUGUUUUUGUUCUUGAAGAAGCUUCCACAUUCACUCUCAAAGUAAUUGGCAACAUGAUUAUGAGCUUGGAGCCUAAAGGAGAAGAGCAAGAGAAGUUUAGAGACAAUUUCAAGAUAAUCUCUUCUUGUUUUGCAUCUUUGCCUCUUAAUAUCCCCGGGACCGCUUUCUACCGCGGUAUGAAGGCACGGGAACGGAUGUUCGAGAUGUUAGAUUCGAUCAUUGCGAAGCGACGAAGCGGAGAAAUUUGCAGACAGGACUUCUUGGAUUCACUAAUAAUAAAACACAAGAAAGCAGGAGCAGACAGUAUCAGUGAUGAAGAAAAACUGACAGAUGCACAAUUGAAGGACAAUAUUCUAACUCUGCUGAUUGCUGGCCAUGAUACUACAACUGCAGCUCUCACUUGGCUCCUCAAAUUUCUUGGGGAAAAUCCUCAUGUUUUGGAACAACUCAGGAUUGAACACCAAGAAAUUCAAGCAAGGAGAAGGGGAGAAAAUCUCACAUGGGGUGAUGUAAACAAUUUGCCUUACACUGCCAAAGUGAUCAGUGAAACUCUGAGGAGAGCAACAAUUCUACCAUGGAAUUCAAGAAGAGCUGCUCAAGAUUUUGAAAUUGGAGGGUACAAGAUCAAGAAAGGGUGGUCAGUGAACUUGGAUGUUGUUUCAAUUCACCAUGAUGCUGCAGUUUUUCCUGAACCCAACAAAUUUGAUCCAUCAAGAUUUGAGGCACCCUUGAAGCCCUUCAGCUUUCUUGGGUUUGGCAGUGGUCCAAGAAUGUGUCCUGGAAUCAACUUGGCAAAGCUCGAGAUUUCGGUGUUCAUCCAUCACCUCGUUUGCAAAUACAGGUGGACAUCUUUGGAGGAUGGUGAUGAUUCAGUGCAGCCAACUCUAGUGAGGAUGCCUAGAAACAAGUAUCCAAUUAGAGUGGAGCCACUGUGAUAGCUUCUUCUACAAUUUGAAGAAUAAGCAUGAGAGAAGAGGCUUGAAGAAAAUGGAAUGUCUAUAUAAAAUAAGAAUUCACUAUUACCCCAUCUUUAUUUUGUAAAUUUCAUAUGGAGUUGAAUGCUUUUAGCUUGUAAAAAAGAGUUUUUGUUUUCUUUUUGUGUUA